ACACUCCUCUCAUUCCCAUCACCAAUUUUCUCUCUCUACUAUUCUCCAUACACACAAAUCAACUCUAACGUCACACUCAAACUCAAACUCUCACGCCUCUUAAAUCUUCCCAACAUAACAGCAAUUAACUCAAUCUCAUACUCACAUACACAUACAUACACACAUUUGCAUAUGCCGAAAAAAGGAAUGAGGACUGUCUUCUUCUCUUCAUCAAGGCCUUCAUCGCCAUCCCACUAUUCUUACCCCUCUUCCCCUCACCGAAGUGCCCCUUCUCCGCCUCUUCGGGUUUACAUGAUCGACGAAAACCUUGAGACUGCGCAUGACAUUUUCACCAAAUGGGACAUCGAUGGGGGCUCCAAACUCGACUCUCUCUUCGCCGGCAGUGACAGAAAAGAAGCCAAGCUGUUCCUCAGAUCCGCCAAGGAUUUGCAGGCCGCUAUGCAAUUCUUCAUGUCGGAGGGUUCGAGCUCCGAGAAGCUCGUCCGUGCUCAAAACUUGAUGCAAAUCGCCAUGAAGAGGCUUGAGAAAGAGUUUUACCUGAUUUUAUCCACGAAUCGGAACAAUUUAGAUGCCGAGUCGGUUUCGAGCAGGUCAUCGCGAGUUUCGGAGAGAUCGAGCACUUCUGAUUUCGAAGAAGAUGGAUCAGAGGUUGAGAGUCAGGUAGCCCGUGAUUCACUCUCGGAAGUUGAGAGAGUUUCUGAGCUUGCUAUGUCAGAUCUGAAAACGAUUGCUGACUCUAUGAUUUCGUCAGGAUACGGCAAAGAGUGCGUGAGAAUUUACAACAUUAUUCGGAAAUCGAUUGUUGACGAGAGCUUGUACUAUCUCGGAGUUGAGAAGCUGAAUCCCUCACAGUUUCAGAAAAUGGAUUGGGAGGUGAUCGAGGUCAAGAUCAAAAGCUGGCUCCACGCGAUGAAGAUCGCCGUGAAGACGGUCUUCUACGGGGAGAGAAUCCUCUGCGACCACGUCUUCUCUGCAUCUUCGAGAAUCUCCGAAUCGUGCUUCGCUGAAAUCGCCAAAGAAGGUGCUAUGACUCUGUUUGGAUUUCCAGAACUCGUUGCAAAGUUCAAGAAACUAUCUCCAGAGAAAAUGUUUCGAAUACUUGACCUCUACGACGCGAUAUCAGAGUAUUGGCCGGAGAUCGAGUCCAUCUUCUCAUUCGAAUCGAUUUCAACCGUCAGAUCUCAGGCAAUCACGUCUCUCGUGAAGCUCGGCGACGCAGCUCGUACCAUGCUCUCAGACUUCGAAACCGCAAUCCAGAAAGAUAUCGCGAAAGCGCCGGUUUCAGGGGGCGGAGUUCACCCCCUGACUCGCUACGUCAUGAACUACGUCGUUUUCCUCUCCGAUUACAGCGGAGCACUCACUGACAUUGUCGCCGACUGGCCUCUCUCGAACCAGUCUCCGCUGCCCGAAUCUUACUUCUCGAGCCCAACCUCCGACAACAGCCCCACCACGGCCAUAUCGGUGCGCUUGGCCUGGCUCGUCCUCGUCCUCCUCUGCAAGCUCGACAGCAAAGCCGAGCUUUACAAAGACGUCUCUCUAUCCUAUCUCUUUUUGGCUAACAACCUAAACUACGUCGUUUCCAAGGUCCGCACUUCGAAUCUGAACCUCGUCUUAGGAGACGACUGGUUACUAAAGCACGAAGCUAAGAUGAAACAGUACGCAGCGAAUUACGAGCGAAUGGGUUGGAACAAAGUGAUCGUAUCGUUGCCGGAGUUAAAUCCAACGGCCAAUAUUUCACCAGAUGAAGCCAGACUUCGCUUCAGGAAUUUCAACACAGCCUUCGAAGAGACGUACAGGAAACAAACCUCUUGGGUCGUACCCGACCCGAAACUCCGAGACGAGAUCAGAACCUCGCUGGCAAGGAAGCUCGUGCCGGUGUACGGGGAAUUCUACCAGAAGUUUCGGACCAUGUUUCGGCGACAAAUGGGAGAUGAGUCAAUUGUCCGAUAUGCCCCCGACGAUAUUGGGAAUUACUUGUCGGACUUGUUCUACGGAGCCGGAACUUCAAGAAGUACGUCGAAUUCGUCGUCAUCUUCACUGUCGUCGCAUUCGCAUGAGCGGAGAGUUCGUUGAGAGGUCACAUCAAUUUGCCGGUUGUGCAUUAAAAAAAAUUGUAAUGAGGACAAAGUAUAGUAUUGACACAUUUUUCGAUGUAGAGCAAUGCAAAGAGGAUUAACCGUUAUAUGAUUCUUUGAAUUCUUCAAAAUAUGAAUAUAUUAAUUUUCAUUUGGAUUUUAUA